CCCAAACACCCCUGCACAAUGGGCAAAAAUAAGCGUAAAGGGGGCCUCACAGGGCUGGCAAGGUUUGUCCAAGAGUCGUUCAAGUCGGACUUGCCAACCCCCAAUUCAAACCAGGAUUCAGAAUCGCCUACGAAAAAACGAAAAUUUGACGAGACGGUCGUGAAGAAGCAGUAUUUUGCAACGGGGCUUGUGCCUCAUUAUGAAUACGAGUCUCAAGUACCGGAGCAUCUGCAAAAGUAUUUCUCCCAACGCUACCGGAUGUUCUCUUUGUACUCUGAGCCCCCUGGGUGUCUCCUGGACGAAGAAGGCUGGUUCAGCGUGACGCCAGAACGUAUAGCCAACCAAAUUGCUGAACGCUGUCGAUGUGAUACCAUCCUGGACGCAUUCUGUGGAGUUGGAGGCAACGCGAUCGCCUUUGCGCAAACCUGCAACCGAGUCAUCGCCUUGGACACAUCUCCCGUUCGUCUAGCGCUUGCUCGCCAUAACGCAGAGAUAUACGGUGUUGCAGACAGGAUAGAGUUUAUCUUGGCCGACUACAUCUCAUUCGCGAACACACUCGCAUCCUCAACCCCCAAAUCCACAUCCGAAUCGAACUCGAGUUCAACGAAACAACGUAUCAUCGACGUGGUAUUCCUCAGCCCCCCAUGGGGAGGCCCCAGCUACCUCGCUUCCGUCGACACCAACGGUGACGCAGUCGAAACCACAGAACACCCAUCAUACACUCUCGACUCAAUCUUACCCAUCCCCGGCACCGAGUUGUUUACCCUAUCACGCAAACUCACACCCAACAUCGCCUACUAUCUGCCACGCAAUACCAGUAUUGAUGAAAUCAGCAAGCUCGCGCCGAAUGAGUCGAUUGAAGUGGAAGAGGAGUGGAUGGGGAACAAGCUCAAGGCGCUGACCUGUUACUUUGGGGGACUGGCGGCUGGGCAGGAGGAGUUAUUCUGA